CCGAAAUUCAAAAGGUAAGCGUUUUAUCCGAGUGUGUCCGAUGUUGGUGCUUUAUUCUAUCGAGCAGAACCGCUGAAUAAAACUUUCGUGAUAUUUGAACGUUGGAGGAAACGUGUAAAGUUGUUCAUUGGAAUUUUGCAGCAUGUCAAAUGACGAUGUGAAGGUGAUACCAGUUCGGGUCGCCUUGCGAUGCCGCCCACUGGUACCAAAAGAAAUUAAUGAGGGAUGUCAGUGCUGUCUCACUUUUGUGCCUGGGGAGCCACAGGUGAUUGUUGGCACAGAGAAGGCAUUCACCUAUGACUAUGUAUUUGAACCCACUGCUGAGCAAGAAGAAGUCUUCGGUACAGCUGUGUCCCCCUUAUUGUCUGGGCUUUUUAAAGGCUACCAUGCAACAGUUCUUGCGUAUGGACAGACAGGGUCUGGAAAGACCUUCUCCAUGGGAGGAACCUACACCUCAGCUCAAGAGAAUGAUCCUUCAGUUGGAGUUAUUCCCCGAGUUAUCGGCAGGAUCUUUGAAGAAAGGGAAAAGAGGACAGACUGUGAAUUCUGUCUGGCAGUAUCUUACCUGGAGAUCUAUAAUGAAGAUAUACUGGAUUUGCUGUGUUCAUCUAAAGACAAACCUGCUAUCAGCAUUCGUGAGGACCCUAAAGAUGGCAUUAAGAUUGUCGGGUUAACCGAGAGGCAGGUGUUUUCUGCCCAUGAGAUGGUGAGCUGUCUGGAGCUUGGAAAUUCUGCUCGCACCGUCGGCUCCACAGCCAUGAAUGCUGCUUCUUCACGUUCCCAUGCGAUCUUCACCAUCACCCUGGAGCAGCGCAGAGGGACGGACAAAUCCGAUUCAGUUGUUUCCAAGUUGCACCUCGUGGAUCUGGCUGGUUCAGAGAGACAAAAGAAGACCAAAGCAGAGGGGGAUCGUUUAAAGGAAGGCAUCAGCAUCAAUCGCGGCCUUUUGUCUUUGGGUAAUGUGAUCAGUGCCCUGGGAGAUGAAAGCAAGAAAAACACUUUUGUUCCUUACAGAGAUUCUAAGCUCACCCGCCUGCUCCAAGAUUCUUUGGGUGGCAAUAGCCACACCUUGAUGAUUGCUUGCAUCAGCCCUGCAGACUCGAACAUGGAGGAAACCAUCAACACCUUGCGAUACGCUGACAGAGCUCGCAAGAUUAAAAACAAACCCAUUGUCAACAUUGACCCCAGAGCUGCAGAAAUGAAGCGUCUCAAACAGCAGGUUCAAGAACUGCAGGUAAUGCUGCUCCAUGCCCGUGGAGGAGUAGCUCCAGUGCUCUCAGGGCCAGAGUCAGCGGAGAAUGUGACUAAGCUGUUGGAAAGGAAUCGCGCACUGCAGGAUGAGAACAAUAAGCUGAGCAGAGAGCUGAGUGAGGCAGCUGGGCAAACGGCCCUCAUGUUUGAGAAGAUCAUUAUGACGGAACAAGCCAAUGAGAACCUACAGAGCAAACUGGAGCAACUGCGGCAUCAUGCAGCAUGCACAGUCGAUCUUGAGAAAGUGGUGGAGACACUAGAAGACCAGGAGUUAAAAGAGAACGUUGAAGUGAUGAAAAACCUUCAAGACAUCAUCUUGGAGCUGAAGAAUGAGAGUGCCGGCAUUGCUGCGUCCAUCGAUGCAAUGGCUGCAGGAGAGGAUGUGCCUGAAGGAUGCGGGAAUGGCAGUAAAAAUUCAUCAGAGGAGUCUCCAUCAGAUGAUGCCAUCCGAAAGGACUCACCAGAGGCCUUCACUGCCCAUCAUGCACUGCGGCAAGCCCAGCUCUCCAAGGAACUGAUUGAGCUCAACAAAGUAUUGAGUCUGAAGGAAGCGUUUGUAAGAAACAUGUGCCAGAAUGACAGCCAGCUGGAGCCAAUGCAGUCUGAGCACCAGAAAAAUGUCCAAACUCUACAAUCUGCAGUGGAUUCGCUGCAGAAGGAGAAAGAGGACCUUGUUUUGGCACUACAGUCUGCCAAGAAAGACACCAACCAGGCCAAGCUCAGUGAGCAGCGGAGGAAGAGGCUGCAGGAGCUUGAGGGUCAACUCGUAGACAUGAAGAAGAAGCUUCUUGAGCAAUCCAAGCUACUGAAGCUCAAAGAGACCUCUGUUCAGAAAGUCAGCAAGCUCAUGCAAGAGAUACAGGCUAUGAAGUGCCAGCGAACACAGCUGAUGAGGCAGAUGAGGGAGGACUCUGAGAAAUUCAGGCACUGGAAGAGCAAGAAGGACAGGGAGGUGCUGCAGCUGAAGGAGAAGGAUCGUAAGCGCCAGUAUGAGCUGCUCAAACUUGAGAGGGAUUUCCAAAAACAGGCCAAUGUUCUGCGUCGCAAAACUGAAGAGGCUGCAGCAGCAAACAAGAGAUUGAAAGAUGCCUUACAGAAGAGGAGUGAAGCAGCAGAGAAGCGCAAAGAUGCCCAGAACAGAGGCAUAGAGGGAGCUGCUGCUAGAGUCAAGAUGUGGCUCCUAAAUGAAGUGGAGGUGAUGGUCAGCACUGAGGAGGCCCGGCGCCACCUCAAUGACCUACUGGAGGACAGAAAGGUCUUGGCUCAGGAGAUCAACCACCUCAAACAGCAGAUUGAGGCUGGGGAGAGACCGGCUGCCAAAAUCAGGCGCCGGACGCUCAUCAUCUCCGAGCUGGAAAGCCAGGGGGCGCUGGAAACACCUCUGACCAAACAGGUGGAGAACCUGGAGACAGAGAUAGGCCUCAGGAAUGCUCAGAUAGCGGACCUUCAGCAGAAAGUUCUCGUUGCAGACGGUGAGGGGCGUUUGAAACAGCGCAUAGACAGCAUCACAAGCAUUGUUGAUGCCAAGUGUGCCCUCAGGCUCCUGAUGUCUGAGCUGGUGUCUGCUAAAACAGCCAGUGCCAAGCUGGAGAGUGAGGUGAAACAAGAGAAAGGAAAUGGACAAGAUCUAAGGAAAAUGCUGGCUGAUGAGAGAAACGUGAUGUCAACCAUGGACAUGGAGCAUCAGCAGCAGCUGGUGGAACUAGAGCAGAGGCAUCAAGAGAAGGUCCUUUACCUUCUUAACCAGCUGCAGAGCAAACCUAUUGGUGGAGAGUCCGAUGAAACAAACCACAAAGAUGAAGAGAGUUCAAAGGAGAAGGAGCUUCUCCAGCGCCUCAAAGUUCAGGAAGAAGAACUUGAAAAGCUACGAGAAUUAAGUGAGCAGAACCAGAAACUGGUGGAGGAGAAUGAUAAAUACAGACAGAAACUCUCAUUACUUCACCUGGCAAGUGGGAAGAAAGUUCUCCUGCCUACGACCAACAAUGAAAAGAGUCCAGAGGACUCAUUUGAGUACCUUCCUCCAAAACCUAAGGGGAAGCGCUUCACCACUGCUAAAGCACCACUGAAUCAGACCAUCAACAUUGAAGAACUGAUGUCAUCCAGUGAGGAUGACAAAGAGGAAGAGGACGAGUGGCAACCUGAGAAACCAGAGAAAGUACGCAGGACCUCAAAGAAAGCAAAAACAACAGGGUGUGCCUGUAAAGGUCGCUGCGGAAACAGGCAGUGCCGAUGUCGCAAAGGAAAGAUGACGUGUGGCGAGAACUGCCAGUGCGAUCAUGAGAAGUGUCGAAACAUGGAUAACCAGGUGCCCACUGAGGAUCUGAGUAAUACAGAAAGUGUUUCCAGAGACUCUGCGUCUCUUCAGGACGCCUCAACCUUCAGUCCUGACAACGCCACAUUCUUCAAGCCGCCAUCUUGCACUCCCACGAAGAAGGUGCUACAAGAAAUCGGAGACAUGGGACACUCUGCAGCAGAACUCAAACUGGUCAGAAAACCCAUCUUGGCAGAUGAAGAGGAGGAGGAGGAGGAUGAAGAGGAGGACAGAACAACAGUCAGCUUCUUGAAGAAGAAGAAACGAAUCCUGACAAGUUUUCAGAACAGCUUUUUCUCUGGCUGCACACCAAUCAGAGAGGAAUCGUAGUCAGGACGGAGCAGAGGAGUCCUCCUUACUUCAGCUGUCGAUGUGCGUUUGGGUAAAUGUUUUGUCGGUGCGGUUUCAGUCUUUUUCUUCUCUUUAUGUGACUAAACCUCACGUACUGUAACUUGAAAGUCACUGUUGAUUUUAAAGCUUUUCCUGUCGAAGGUAACAAGAGGACUGUGAACAACUUCGAAUCGUUGAAUGAAUUUCACAUUGAGAUGAUGAGGAAGCCUGUACAUGGCUUUUAGUUUUGUGUCGUAUCAAAAUCCCCACAUAGAAGGAUAGUAGGACUGCAUCUGUGUCACUAACAUGUUCUAUGACACACAUCUUGGGGAGCAACUUUUUAGGUUUUUAACUAUUUUGUAUCAGAUCUGAAUAAAGAUUAAAUAAAGUCAAAUCUUGAAUUUCAAAGAACAACAGUUUUUCUUUCUUGCCUGAAUGUGUUUAAUAUCUAAGUGUCAUAAUUUUAAGAUGAAGAAUAAAUUAUUUCGAUCUA